AUGCCAGUCGCACAAUUUGCUAAGGCAGAAUUACCUAUUUUGGAAUCAUUAGUAAAUAUCAGAAAUAGGCUCACAGCUCUCAAGAAAGAUAGGAAGGAAUACAUUAAAGCUUCAGAUGUCCAAUCUAUUUACUCACAAGUUAUAAAACUUAUCACAAAGCUGAACGACGCGAGGGAAGAGGAAGAGCCAAUACUCGGUCCACCAAAUAGGGUUGACACUACAUUAGACGAUGUCAUGCAGCUGCUCUCUUUGUUCUUCCUCACUAUCGGUAAAAACAAAGAGAGUCCAGCUACUUACUGUCAGUUGGCAACUAUACGUCAGUUGCUCUCACACUUGGAUGAAUCUGGUGUUUACACACAAAAUGACCUUAAGCCAUUCCAGGACAGAUUGACACAUUUGUCUGCUAUCAUUAAGAGAGAUAGAGAGAAUGGAAAGCAUCCUGAUCAAAUGACGAAAUUUUUGUUGAGAAGAUUGGAGGAUUGCGAGAGGAUCUACAGGAACCUUGUCAGCUCACUUAGUGUACUCAGUGUUGAGUUGGUUCCUAUUCAUCAGCGUUUGGUCGCCAUACGUCGUCAAUUGGCGGCGAUUGUCAGUAAAGAUAAGCCACAAAAGCAAGAAAUCAAGCCUUUACUUGAAGAAUUGAGAAAAAUCGAUGGAAAGAGACAAGACGGUAAAUUCUUAGGUCCAGGUGGCUCAUCUGUACCACCAGGACAAGCUAUUCUCGUUGGGUUGCUCGAAGAAUGUUUCGAAAUUGUUCAAGAUGUCAACGCGAGAAGGGAUGAUGUUGCUAUACCACUUAAGCCAAUAUUCGAUAGAUUGACUGAGAUAAGAAUGCAACUCGAAAGGCUGGUUUUGACACACAGAUGGACACUCCGCGAGACUGAUCUUUGGAAUUAUCAACUUAGUUUACAAGAAAUUGAUAAGAUGAGAGUAGAUGGAAAAUGGGUUGAUAGUGAAGGAAAUCAGCCAGGAGGCCAAUUUGCACUUUUAUAUCUUCUUCGUCGUUGCCAUGGAUUACUUUAUAGGCUUAUUUCAUCAAGCGAGCCAAUUUCAGAGGAGCUUAUGCCAAUAUCCAACAAAUUACUAACUGUGAAGAAGUGUCUGAACGAGGUACUCAAGCAUGGUAACGACUUUACACCUAGAGAUCUGUACCCAUAUCACCUUGCACUGUACCAGAUUGAUAAUCUUCGUAAAGAUGGCAAAUUCUACUCUGACGAUGGUAGCAUUCCAGAAGGCCAAGCGAUUGUAAUAUCACACCUCGAGGAAUGUCAUGCACUGAUAGAACAGAUGCAAGAAGGUAUCAAUUCGUCUGACGAGGAUGACGACGUAGAUGAGGAUGAUGAUGAUGAUGACAACUCUGAAGAGAUACUCGAGGAUGGACUUCAGCCAGCUCAACCUCUUCCUACCCAUUCAUCUGUACCACCAUCUGUCACAUUAGCACCACCUACCUCAACAUUGGCAAGUUUGGCCAUUAGGAGCAAUGACAGUGCCUCAAGCCAAGGAACAACUUCUAGUAGUGCACCUGCUAUUAACAUUCCACUCAGAAGUACAGCUGCUAUGGAACCGACAGAAUCAACAUCAACAUCACUUGACACAGCUAAUGCAUCACAACCUGACCAGCAAUAA